UGACAGCCAUUUGAGAUCCGCCAAACGUCAAUCCGGCUUUUUACUUUGUUGAGCGCUGCUCCGUCAUUGCCAUUCGCCAUUCGUCUUGAGAUAUUCCUGUGGAGUGCGCUUUGUCUAUCGUCGAGUCCUGUCCUUUUCAUUGUUUCAAGAGAAAGCGUCCAACUGUUGAUUUCAAAAUGACUUCCACAUCGUUCAACGUUGGUCUGAAUGACGAUACGCGUCUAUCGAGCAGGGUGCUUCGCCCCCCUGGCGGCGGACACACUGACAUCUUCGGGGGAGAGGCUGAGAUACCGAGGGGGCGCCGUGCCGCGCCCGCCCCCGCUGGUAGUGUAUUCAUUGGUGAUGAGCCAGCCAAACCCGCUAAAGCUGCUGAACCAAGUCAAAAUGGAUCUGGUGAGGUUUCAACGCCCACUGCACCUGAAGAGUCACCCAAAUCUCUUCAAAUUGAAACCAAGGCUGAACCUCAACAAGAAGCCAGAGCUGAACCGAAACAGGAGAGCACUUCGAAGCCUGCUGAGCAAGCAAAGCUUGAGGCCCCCAAGAGAGUAAGAGUACCUCCUGGUGGUUUCUCAUCAGGACUCUGGUAAAGAAAUUAGCGCUUGGGACCCUCUAUACUGUGCCUUAUUCAUUCAACAAUAUGUAGACUGUCUCGGAAUGUUCUAGAAUACACUAGUGGAAUUAGACUAGAAGAUUAAUGUGAAUUAAUAGAGCCCUCUCUACGAGUUUUGGGAUACUCAAACUGGGAUAUGCAUUAAUAAUCUGGUCCAAAUCCAUUGCUAGAUUGUUCUAGAAUGUGUGCCAAUUGGUAAAUUGAAUGAUGAAUUAUGAUGAAUGAUGAAUUUAUGUUUAUUUCUUUUAACAUCUUAAAUUGUUGCUUUGUGUCGAGACAUUUGAUAAGGUUUUGUCGGAUUAUGGUUAUGUUUAUGUAUGUUAUGUAUGUGUGUCUGUGCAUCCACAGCCCAUUUUAUAAUUUCAGUACUGUCUGUAUGUACCAAGAGGACCCUGGCUUCAUGUUCCAUUUGUGAAAAAACAUUCUAGGUGAUUUCAGUAUUCACUCAUUCCUUGAGCAGGGAGCUAGAUUUAUCCAUAAAUUAAAGCCACAGUAUAGUAACUGAUAUUUGUAAAUUGGGCUUGUGUAUUAAGAUUUGUUUACAUAUUGUGAAUCUGAUAACUAACGGGUUAUAUUUUUAUUGGAUUGUGAUGACCUUUUAUAAGGACAAAAUUAUAAUAGUGUCCUAAUUAUCUGUAUGUGAUGAAAAUAAAUGUAAAUUUGCUCCAAAGACUGAUUCCUUACAUCAGAUGUCAGUUCUAUCCAAUGUGAUGUCAAUUGGAGGGAUUAUUAACACUAUCUGGCAAUCCAGUAAUUAUAUGAUCCGUUAAAAAUGAAUAUAUGAGUUGAUAAAAUAUAUAAAACUGUGUUACUGGCAGACGGUCCCAUGCUUGUAGCUUGUAAUGUAUAAAUCCUCGCAGGGAUUUUUAUUUACUCAACCGUCGUAUAUCUUUAAUGUUUAUAAUGUCAACUAUUUUAACUUUGCUUGUGUCAACGUGGCAUUUACUAGCCAACUCUCUAUUAGACUAAUCUUGUGAUGUCACAAUAUAUUAUUGGUAGAUACUAACGAAUUUCUAGAUAGAUUUUUAAUAAUUUUGAUUGAUUGACAGUGAUCGAUGGCUUAAUCUUGUUGGCCGUACAACAAGUUGUAUAAAGCAGUUGGCUUGCCAGUUGCUGGUAUAGGCUACUAUUUAGCGGCUUAUUCGCUUGCUGUGAGCUGUAUUCACAAAUGAAAUGUGACAUACUGAUUUGUACUUAAGGACUAUUAAUUGCGUUUAUUAAAUUUAAUGCGGUUAUGUAUAUUUUAUGACGGUAUUUUUAUAUGACAUAAAUGCUACGAAUUUUCAA